CGUGUUUUUCAAAGUCAAAUAAUUUGCCUGAAAGUGUUCAAGGCGAUUCAUUUCAUCAUCUACCCAAAAAUUUCUGCUCCUCUCUUUCCCUUCUCUAUCCCCGAAAGGACCUUUCUUCAUCAGCAGCAUCGUCGAUCAUGGACUCUCAAUUUCCCGCCGGGGAGCCACCGUCGAAGCGUCAGCUACAAAUCCAAGGUCCACGCCCAACCCCUCUAAAAGUCAGCAAAGACUCCCAUAAAAUCAAAAAACCACCUCACCCACCAUCCCACGCCGCAGUUCCCGCAGCAGCAGCAGCUGCAGCAGCAGACCAACGUCGUCGCGAGCCAGUAAUCAUCUACGCCGUCUCACCCAAAGUCAUCCACGCUGAAGAAUCCGACUUCAUGUCGAUCGUGCAACGCUACACCGGACUUUCAUCCGGUAACUUCUCCGGAGACGGCGACGUCUCCCCGGCGGCGAGGUUGGCAGCGACGGAAAAGGCGAGUCCAAGCUCGAGAGAGAAAAUAGGGGACGUGGGGAUGGCGGGUGAAGAUGGGAUGGAAGAGGGUUUGAUUCGAGCACCGCCAGGGAUACUUUCUCCGGCGCCGGAGACGUUGCCAGCGGUGGCGGCGGGAACGUUCUUUUCGCCCGCGGUAGCGGGGGGGACGUUCUUAUCGCCGGCGUCGGAGGCGAGAAUGAUGUCGGCUUUGCAUGACUGGAGCCCGAUGUUACAUGGAAGUGGGUUCCUGGGUAGCCCUUCUGCAUUGCUUUCAGGGCCUUUAAUAUCUUCUCCAACUCUUUCUCCUGAUUUUUUUGCUCAGAUUUGGAACCCUUAGCCAAUUAUUUUCUUUCUUUUUAAAAAAAAGAGAAAUUCAGAAUCAAAUUUUGGCAUCACAAAUCUGAGAUUGUAUUAUUAGAUUUAGGGGCUUCCUCAAUUGUGAGGUACUAACUUCUUUUGUCAAUUUGAAAGAGAGGAAGAGGUAAAAAGAACACAUAGGAUAGGGCAAGGGAUUUUGUGUUAAAAGAUUAGAGUUUGUAAUUGUAGUGGCAUUUGGGUUUUUAAUUGUAAAAUUUGCUAAUUUGGAGGCACUGAUGUUUUGUGGUACACCAUUAAUUCAUGUUGUAUGAAUGAUGUUUUUCAAGUUUAGUAAUGAUUUUUUGUUUUAUUUA